AUGACGAAAUUUAUUCUUGAAACUUUUGUCUUAAUCUGUGUUAUUCAGGCUACAUUGAGUGUAGGGUGUCCGAAUGGAUGUAAGGCAGAUGAAUGCUGUGUAAGUUUUUUCUCUGCCAUCGCCAGCAAACGACAACUGAAGAUUUCAGAUCUCAAAUCCAAAUUUAUUAAUCCUAUCAAUACCGAGUUGAAGGUCCAUAUGUGUCGCAAAAUCAAGCGUAAAGGUGAGAGAUGUCUGGUAAACAACAGAUCAGGAGAAUGGUGUGAUUGUGAAGCAGGUACUACAUGUGUCGCUCAUGGAAAAUCUGGUUUAGAUAGAUUUUUUGGUAGUUGUAACAAGGCUUAA